AUGACCAACUUUGCCACCAGGGACUGGUGCGUAGCCAUGAUGCACUCCUUGAACAUUUUCGCCACAAUGACCACAGACAAUGCCAGGGGUAUAUUCAUACCCUUCAAUUCAAGUACCCUUCAGGACCUUCAUACACGGGUUGAGUACGAGAAGAAAUUGGGCUCCUUCAUACAGGUGGUACACAUCCAACCCAAUCGGGCAAUGAGUAAGCACGUCUCCGCCUCUGCAGUUUCAAAGGUGUAUGAUGUGAAUCGGUCCUUGGUAUUUGCUAUAAUGGAUCGCGAUACCGUUUAUGGCGGUCACAUUGAGCACUUGAAUGGUUUGGCUCCAAAGGUGAAUUGUUCCAGAAAGUUUUCGGAAUCUCUUUAUCGACCAAUAAAAUGACGAAGCUGGAAACGUAUGCCUUUACCUUGAUUCGUUAAUGUGUGUCUAAUAUAAUUGACAAUCAUUUUCACUUGUGCUUCGACUUUUCCUCUGUUCGUCAAUGCCUUGGGCAGCUAAGUCGGUCCCGGAAUCCAACAACAAUAUGCACAGAUUUUUGU